CCCCUAAGAGUGAAGCGCGUCAUUGAGUCGGGAACCAGUGCAUGUAUUGGUGAGGUGGACAAUUCCACCGUCUUGAAGUAUCCCCUGACCGCCGGCGAUGACCUAGAGCGUCAGGAGGCCGAGAGAAAGAUUCUGGAAGCCAUUCCCCCGCAUAAGAACGUCUUGGGUUUCAAAUGCUCUACCGACGCGGGAAUCUAUUUGGGACGCGCCCCGAACGGCACUGUCGCGGAAUACAUCCUCAAGUCAGGUAAGCGGCUCUCCCUCCAGCAGCGGCUGGCCUGGUGCCGCGAGACCGCCGAGGCAGUCGCCUGGACCCACGCUUACCGCGUCCUCUCCUGCGACAUCCAGCCCAUCAUCCUGCUCCUCGACAGUGCCCUGCAUGUCAAGCUCUCCAAUUUCCAGUGCAAGCUUUUGGCUGACGAUGGUACAGUGUUCGUCGACGGCUAUAGUAUGGAGCUCUACCCCUUCUCGCUACCCGGGGACGACUUCCGCGCCGACGUUAAGACGGACCUGUUCGCGCUGGGUUGCACGAUCUAUUCCAUCCUGCUGGGCCACACCAUCUUCCCAGAGAUCGGCGAUAGGGAUGAGGAGACUUGGGAGAAGGUGGAAGAGAGGCUCGGAAAGAAGGAGUGGCCUCGGGAACCGCAUAUAUGCAGUGCCAUCACCGUGAAAUGCUGGGAGCAGCAGUACGAAUUCAGGGGAGAGGUGGUUUGGGAUCUCGAGGCUAUCGGACCGGGAACACGGGGCGUCGUCUGCCGCGUCGAUGCCGAGCUCGGGGUUUGGCGAGCUGGCAGGCAGGAGACAACAAGCUGGCAGAUGGACCACAGUAGUCUCAAGUCGACACUGUGGUUUGUCUGA